CUUCAUGCUGUGUGUGUGUGUUUUUUUUUUUUUUAAAGACAAAUCAGCCACUGUUUCAAACGGAUCAAGAAUAUGAUGUACGUGCUUGUUUUGUUCUUUUUAUGUUUUUUUCCUCUGACUGGUGCUGGUACAAAAUAUAUAACUGUCUCAGCGAUGGAGGGAGAAUCUCUCACACUCUCUACUGGUCUUACUAAAAUACAGAGCGAUCAUGAGUGGCGCUUUGGAUUAAACAGAACUCUCAUAAACAAAAAAGUGGAGGGCAACAUCCUUCAGAUAUUCAGAGACAGAGUGCAGAUCAAUGGACAGACUGGAGAUCUCACCAUCACAAACAUCACUAAUGAACACACUGGUGUUUAUGAACUAAGUGACGAUUUAGGAAAGAUGGACAUUAAAUUUACUGUCACUGUUUAUGCUCCUGUGCCUGUUCCUGUCAUCACCAGAUACUCUCCUCAGUGUUUAUCAUCAUCAUCAUCAUCAUCAUCAUCUGCCUUCAAAAGUGUGCUGCUGUGUUCAUUGGUGAAUGUGAGUCAUGUGACUUUCUACUGGUACAAAGGAAACAGUUUAUUGUCCAGCAUCAGUGUGUCUGAGUUCAGCAUCAGUCUCUCUUUACCUCUGGAGGUGGAAUAUCAGGAUAACAACACCUACAGCUGUGUAGUGAAAAAUCCUGUCAGCACCCAGACCACACAUUUGGACAUCGAUCAACUCUGCCAGACAUGUUCAGACUGUGACCACUACUGGAGUCAAACGGCUGAAGCUGUGAUCCGAUUGGUCAUCUCUGCUGUAGUGGGCGUGGCUGCUGUUGCUGCUGUUGUUGUGCUGGUUUAUGACAUCAGAUCCAGAAGAACUGAACUGGAGAGGAAAACUAAGUUCAUCAAAUAGGCUAGUAAUGUACCUGGUAUUGUAAAACAAGCAUAAACAGUCUCUGUCCUUUUAUUGCUUUUUCUUAAUGUAUUUUUAAGAGAUUAUCAAUAUUUAUAAUGAUAAUGGUGCAUUACUUAUUCUAAUGUCAUUUGUAAUACCAGUCCAUCACAACUGAUACCAUUUGAUUUACAGUUAAGGAACUGCUAAGUAAAGAAUCUAAUGAGUAAAUUAAAAGACGUGUAAGUAAGAUUGAGCAGCGCAAGUUGAUACUAAGCUUGUAUGGUAAAGAAAAGUGCCAACAAAGU